GCAUUUAAAAAUACGAUCUAUAUAAAUAAAAAUUAAUCCUUUACAUUUAAUUGUGGAAAAGAUAGCAACCCUUGUAAAACUUUUGAUAUAACAGGUAUAAAUAAUCGAUUAAAGAAUAUCGAUUAUCGACAUAAAGGAUUCUAUCUCAAGAAUUAAUUAUUGAUAAGUUGAAGCAUUUUCUUAGCGCAUUUAGCAAAUUCACGCAGAUUUUAUUUUUAAUACAGCUUUUUGUGACUGUACAAAAAGUUGUAUGAUAAUUAAUUUUAACUUAUGUUAAAAUCGAGUCACAAUAUGUAACGACACUAUAACUCUUGGCAUAGCCAACUGGACAACACUAAUUCGUUGACAUUUUCGGUAGAAAGCGUAAAAUUAGCGUAUUUUUGUGUUGCGAUUAAUUAACGCGCUGUGUGACUAUUGUUAAUUAGGUAGUGCUAUGUGUAUGGAGUGUCGAGUAUAGAGAUUGUGCGCUAUUUAUUUGUGAUACAUAAUUAUAUGUGCUGACACUAUGGCAUUCACUGCGGAAGAUGUUGCGAGACGCUAUCCAAUUCACUGGUUAGUGUGGAACAAUCAGUUUGAAGAGCUAAAGUCGCUAUUGGCCGCUAAUAAGAUAACACAAGAGGAGCUAGAAUCCAAAGACUGCAGGGGGCGUACUCCCCUGCUACUAGCGGUGACACUAGGUCACUUAGAAACUACGAAGGUGCUCAUAGAAGCCGGUGCUGAUGUUAACUGCGAGAAGGAUGGAUGGACAGCGGUGCAAGAAGCCACAGCGACGGGUAACGCGGAGCUCCUCUCACUGGUGCUGUCGCGGAGAGACUACCAGCGUCACGUGCUGCGCUCGGGGGGUAUCCCCGACCUGCUGCGCCGGCUCAGCCUCGCGCCAGACUUCUAUGUGGAGAUGAAGUGGGAGUUCACUAGCUGGGUGCCUCUAGUAUCCCGGAUGUGUCCAUUCGACACGUACAAAGUGUACAAGCGAGGCGGCAACGUACGCGUGGACACGACGCUCGUCGGCUUCGACAACAACCGAUGGCAGAGGGGCGAUAGGACGUAUAUAUUUAGGGGACAGGGUCGCACAGCAAGUCUAAUGGAGCUAGACCACGAGUUGGGCACAUCCUGGUGUGAAUACCUGGAGCCCAUGUCGGGAGACCGGGAGUGGCCCGCGCCGCCCCAACACGCGAUAGAACAGCGCCUCGCAUCGCCACUCGCUAUCAACUAUUUGGACACCGAUAAGAUUAGUUUUGAAAGAAAUAAGAGCGGCAUCUGGGGCUGGCGCCAGGACAAGUCUGAGCAGGUGAACGGCUACGAGUGCAAGGUGUUCGGCGCCAACAACGUGGAGCUGGUGUCCAAGACCCGCUCCGAGCACCUCCCGCGCGGCGCCGCCAGAGCUCCCGCGCGAGCCCCGCUGGCGGGCCUGCUGGCGCUGGCCGACCCCGAGCUGCCUGCCGCCGCCACGCCGCUGUCGGACAAGCCCGAAGAAGACGAGUCACCGAGCCCUCGGAACAGCAGAUCCCGGGACGACCUAACCUACAUCCCAGUGACGUGGCAGGAGUACUUCUCGGACGAGGAGCUGGACCGGGACAUCGGGCGGCCGCGGGACGUCAGCACUAAGGUGCAGAAGUUCAGAGCCACGCUGUGGCUGUGCGAGGACUAUCCGCUAGAGUUACAAGAACAAAUAAUGCCAAUCCUAGACUUAAUGGCCGCGAUAUCGUCGCCACACUUCGCCAAGCUAAAGGACUUCGUUCAAAUGCAGCUGCCCGCUGGCUUCCCUGUCAAAAUUGAAAUCCCCCUCUUCCACGUACUAAACGCGCGGAUAACAUUUGGCAACAUAUUCGCGACUGAGUGUCCAGUGCCAUACAUCGAGUGCAUACAAGAAGGUGAUCGACUGUCUUGUGUGGUGGACGACCAGUGCUUCGCCAUCGGCCGGGGGUAUAGAGACGCAGCCGGCCCUGAUGAUAGACUGUCCUGUGGGGUGGACGAUGAAGAAGGGUUGUUGCAGUAUGCGAUACAGCAGAGUCUUAUGGAGACUGGGACGCAGGAUGAUCAGGUGGAUGUGUGGGAGGCGCUGCGCGGAGCCCGGCCGGCGUCGCCCGCGCCGCCGCGCCUGCGCUCGGACGACACACAGCUGCUGGCACAUGAGGAACGACAACUGCAGAGGGCGAUCGAAGCCUCCCUCGCCGCCGCGUCCCUCGACCGCGCGGAGCCGCGGCCCGCCAGCCCCGACCGCGCGGACUCGCGGCCCGACAGCGCCGACAGCGCGGACGAGGAACUCCGAGCUGCACUGGCGGCGUCAGCUCAGGAACAAGCCAACAUGGAGCGGCAGUUACAAGCGGAGCAAAGGGCAUUGGAUGAGGCGCUGAGAUUAUCGUUGCUGGAUAAGUGACCUAAUGUUAUGAUCUCAGUUCCACAAUCGUAUGUAUGAAGCGUCCAACCAAAAUAAGACUUACGCCUAAUGUACUUCUAGUAAGUAGCUAAAAUUUAUAUUUACUGACGGGUCUUUGUAACACAUGCUUUUGUUCAUAACACGUCAUAGAAAGGGUAAUAUUUUAUGUAUCAAAAAUACAACAAAGCAUUUAGUGUUCUUAUGACGAUUUUUCGUUUCGAUAUCGAUAAAAAUUAUCGAACACAGCUCAAAUUAUGUCGAUAUAACGUCCAAACUUAGUAUUGCUAUUAAGGACAAGACAGUUAAAGCAGACUGGCGGAUAACAAACUACUACUAGAGUAACUUCGUAUAAGUAUUUCAAAUAUUUUUUUGUAUGUAAUAUCCGAGUAAAUUGUAUAGUAAUAAUAUUUAAACAGCAUAACUUAUAAUUUCUAUAAAGUUGAAAUCCCUAGUUUGUGAAACAAAGACCCGACUUACAGUGAGUUAUACCAUUUAACUAUAACGAUAACCGAAUCAUUUUCAGUUGUGAAAUCCAUUUGACCAUUGGUUGGCGAUUUCUCGGCUGGUUAUAGUUUGCUUAUCUUUAUAGUGAAAUGUUGUAACUAACCCUUAGAUUUUUGACUGUAGAAUAUUUAUUCAUCGUUAUGUAAUAAUUAUUAUAGUGAUGUACGUUAUUAUUUACACUGAGUAUGUUAUUAAUAAUAAUGUACAUUUGUAUUUAGUACCGCUACACGAGUGAGAUGUAAUUGUAAAUUGUCGAUUCAAUUAUUUUAAUGGAAUUGUUCUGAUAGGUACAUAUUUCAGAAAGUAUUGAUCUUUUUACCUUUAAUUGAAUUUUGAAUGAAAUCGUGGCAUAUAAAAUUGUUUAACCAACAAACAUCACAAAUAUAUUUGACAUCACAAUAUUUCCCUUUUUUAAAUUAUGCUUGAGUUUUUAAAUAUUUAAUUAAUUUCAAUUUACAAUUAUUACAAUAUUUAAUUUUACAGUUUACUUCAAAACAAAAUGAAGUUCUACUUAAUAAUACACAUUUAUUUUAAUAAUUAAAAAAGAUAAAUGUUUAAGCUAUGGGUAUACAUACAGGGACUUAUUCUGUUACUUUUUAAACAAAAUAUGAUCACCGAAUUGGUCUUGGUCAAAUUAUCAAAAACUAAGCAACGAUGGCGGUCACACACAUCUAGGCAAAUAUAACACAUACUUACCUAGACAAAAAAUUUGGUAUUCAUCACAACCUUAUUAUUAUGAUUGUCACAAACUGACCAGAGUAGUCGCAACUCAAAACCCAGCUUUUGAAAAAGUAGAACUUUAUAUUCGGUGAAAUUAAACGAGUAUUUGUACUGUCUCAAUUAUUAUUAUUACUCUUUACUAUAAGUUAGUUGAUCUAGACUUGGCAUUAGUGCCUAGGAUUAGUGUCCAGUGCAAUAAUUAUUUAAUAUUUUAAUGUUUAUAUUUUACACUUGAUUCCUAUAUACCUGCGUCCCUGCAGUUAGACGAAAUAUGACCUUAAUGUGAUUGUAAUAAGGUCGAUAGUUGAUAAAUAAGUUCACAAUUCUGAAUAUAUAGAUUUUUGGUGUGAAUAGCGUAAUUAGAAUCAAAUGUAUAUUCUCUUUAAAAUAUUCUAUUAUAUGAGGUUUUGUGAUACGAAUACGUUAUUUAUACUUAUUAUAGAUUCUUGACUGCCAAGCAAUAAUCGUUCUUCUUGGAUACAUUCUUGAGCAUUUAGAGUUGAUAUUUCCUUGGCAGUUUUUACAGACGGACUGUUUAUGGUAAAUAAACUGACAAGAUUUACUUGGUUAGCAAAUAGCAUUUGUUAAACUAUACACACUCAAAUACAUAUAUUUAGUUUUUGUAGAUAAAACAGUGAGUAGAGAUUAUUUUCUGAAUAAUAACGUUUUAUCACAAGGUGCCUAGUAAAUAUCAACUCUAAAUCACAAAUAUAACCUAUAGUUAUUGUCAUUUUAACAAUAGGAAACAUUGUAAGUAUGUAACGGGUAAUAGUUAAACGUAAGCACGUCUUUAAAUGAAAUGUACAGCAAAAAAAAAAUAUUUUGUCAACGCAUGAAAGAAUUAUUAAUAGCAAUUGCAAUAGUUGGCAAUAGCGCAAUCUACCUCUAUUGCGUGUGUCAAGUACUAAAUGUAGUGUAGUGAUACAGUCUGAUUUGUGACGUCUUACGUUUAAAUAUUACCUUUUUAUUCCUUUUAUGAGGGACCGUAUUAUGACACGUCGGAUGAUUCCAGAUUCUGGGGUGAUUUAAAAAUUGACGUAUUAAGCUGAGACAGAUGAUCUGACUUUGUCUCAUAAUACGGUUCCUAAAUAAAGCUUUGGUUUUCUACCAUCGUGACGUAGGUGUACCUAGUAGGCCACUAUAAUGGCAUAAUGUUGUAUACUUGGCGCUACUUCGCAGCUGUGAUUUUAUAUUUAAUAAUGUAUUGAAUAUUUUGUAUGGUAGUCCAAAGAUUGUGCUGUAGACUAAAUUUCGCAUUGAACACUAAGGCAAGUAAUACACUAUUGCGAGUUUGGUGAAUAGUGUGAAUACAGCCUUAGUGUCAAAAGCUAUUUAAAUCGAUUCGAUCUCAUGUAGUAUUAUUAGAUCAAAAGGCAUAAUAAGCAAAGUAUUAUUGCAGUAAACUUACAGAUAGGACAGUAUUUAUAACACUGCCAUCUGUUGUGUGUAUUCGGAACUAUUUAGUCACAACUUGUUAUAGCGCCAUCUCUUGGUGGGUAGGUGAAACAAGCUAAUGUCCAUGGAGUUAGUGAUGCUUAGGUUUUGUAAUAAGUGUGUGUACAAAAUAUUUAAUACAUGUCCACACGUAUUUAUAUGACUAUAUACAUAUUGUACAAAGCUAUUUCAAUUCUAUACUUUCCGAUCCCAGUUAAACAUUGUACAUGUACAACCCUGUCGAAAUGUGUAAUAUAACGUGUUAUUAUACCUAAUUAUAUUUUAUGUAUAUUGAUUUUUAAA